CGGUACAGGUGAAAUAAUAUCAUUAUUCAAUUGAAUUAAUAACUGUGAUAACCAAGCGAACGAUAUAAACGAUAAAAAAAACAAUGGCUUCCAAGAUUGUUUUAGUUCUUUCUCUCCUGAUUGCAGUAGCUGUGGCAAUUCCCGCUCAGCCCGCUGGUGGUUGGCCGGGAGCGGGUGCCUGGCCGGGAGCGGGUAGUGUGAACCCAUGGAUCCCACCAUGGCUAGCCGCAUCCCCUUGGUUCCCACAGUGGACCCCGUGCACCACGAUUGGCCCCUCUUGCUUGGACUGCAACACUCGUCUAGUCUGCACCAAGAUUGGAGGCCUGCAACGUAGCUGCACUGACCCAACACUGCCCUAUUGCAACCUUGGUGAAUGCUCAGCUACACCCACUGCUGAAUGCGCUCCUUCUACACCCAUACCUGUAGUCAAUGCUUAAAAGUAUAAUGCUAAUGAGACCAACUGCCAACACGUACAUUGUACAGCUAUUGAUCAGUGAUGUGAAUGAAUUGUUACACUUAUUUUCGUUAUAGUAAAAUGUUAAAUAUACUUUUGUAAUAUUAUUUAUUGUUAUACAAGUAAUAAAACUAAUGAAAGGCAA